AUGGCUUCAACAUCUGCUGCAUUGGUAAAUGGCCUCGGAUCGGCCUUCCUCUCCGGCGGCAAGAAGACUCAGGCACUGCUCUCAGCCCCUGCUGCCGCCCGGCCCGUGGCCUCCAGGCGGCUCGUUGUGGCGGCCGCCGUCGCCCCCAAGAAGUCCUGGAUCCCGGCCGUCAAGGGCGGCGGCAACUUCAUCGACCCCGAGUGGCUCGAUGGCUCGCUGGCGGGGGACUUUGGUUUCGACCCGCUAGGGUUGGGGCGUGACCCGGCGUUCCUCAAGUGGUACCGCACGCUUAAGGACGGGGUGUACGUGCCCGACACCGACAAGCUCGACCGGCUAAAGUUGGCCGAGAUAAAGCACGCGCGCCUCGCCAUGCUGGCGAUGCUCAUCUUCUACUUCGAGGCGGGGCAGGGGAAGACGCCCCUCGGCGCACUAGGCUUGUGA